AUGCCAGAUUUUGCCAGUAAUGUUGGAUGGUUAGAAGAUGCAAUAAAGGAUGGAAAUAUUAACUCUUUCGAUUAUAGUCAAUUUUCCAUUUUAAAGGAAAUUGGAAGGGGAGGUUUUGGUGUCGUGAAAAGCGCUCAGUCAGAAAUAUUAGAAAGAAAGGUUGCGCUAAAAAGUCUGAAUACAGAUGAUAUAUCAAAAACAUUCAUGAAAGAGUUUAUACGUGAGAUAAAGUUACUUAAAGAUUUACAUCAUCCAAACAUUAAUAAACUAUAUGGUGUGACAAGAGGUUCGUAA